ACAGAGCGACCCCGGAUAGGCGGCGUGAGCUGACGGAAACACCAACGCGCUGCAGCUGGUCAACUUCAUAGAAAUGUCACUAUUUGCUCAUCUGCUCCAAUAAACUACUCGGAACAACCAGACAACAAAUACCGGACGCUUACGGAUUCGUCUCGCCUGCGAGGUCUGGAUCUUCUAUGGAGCUUACGAAUCGCAUUCGGCAGCGAGUCUUCCAGCGACUCUACAGAGCGCGAGUACUUCCCAGGAGCCACCAUUCGGGAGACGCCCAGCAUGCCACGGUUCCGGCCGUCCCCAAUCCCAAACGCACCAAACCCACACUCCUGGUGUCCCGCCUCUACCAGCCCUCAAACCUGCGUGAUGUGGGGCAGGACGUCCGGCUGCAAGGAGAGGUGACCUGUAAGAGCCAGAGGCUGAUGCAGCAGGCCGGCCUCAUCCAUCCGUCUAGUCCGGGUUGUUACUACUACCUUCCUGCCAUUGUCCGCUCCAUGGAGAAGCUGGUGAGAUUAAUAGACCAAGAGAUGCAAGGGAUUGGUGGGCAGAAGCUGGACAUGCCCAGUUUAUGCUCUGCUGAUCUCUGGAAGACCAGUGAGCGCUGGGACUUGAUGGGAAAGGAGCUGUUCCGUCUGAAAGAUCGCCACGGAGCCGACUACUGCUUGGGUCCCACACAUGAGGAGGCAGUGACGACUUUGGUCGCUCACCAGACGACUCUCUCCUACCGACAACUCCCUCUGCUUCUCUAUCAGAUCACCCGCAAAUUCAGAGAUGAACCAAAGCCGAAGUUGGGUCUGCUUCGAGGGAGGGAGUUCUACAUGAAGGACAUGUACUCAUAUGAUGUGAGCGAAGAAGCAGCUUAUGAGACCUAUGACGCUGUGCGGCAGGCAUACGACAGACUCUUUGCCCGGCUGGGUCUGCGCUGCGUUCAGGUGCAGGCGGACACAGGCAACAUUGGUGGUGAACUCUCCCACGAGUUCCAGCUGCCGGCAGACAUCGGUGAGGACCGGCUUCUGGUCUGUGGAAGCUGCUCCUUCUCUGCUAAUGUAGAGACCAUGUCAUCAGACAGCACUGACUGCCCACAGUGCAAAACUGGCACACUGGUAGAGUCAAAGGGUAUAGAGGUCGGCCACACCUUUUACCUCGGAAAGAAGUACUCCCAUAUAUUCAAUGCCACGUUCAGCAGUGCACAGAACAAGCCUAGUAUUGCAGAGAUGGGCUGCUAUGGUCUUGGGGUAACCCGUAUUCUUGCAGCAGCCAUUGAGGUUUUGUCAACGGAAGAGGGGAUUCGCUGGCCAGGCCUUCUUGCCCCUUACCAGGUGUGUGUUUUACCCCCAAAGAAGGGCAGUAAGGUGGAUGACGCGUCGCUAUUAGCUAAGGAUCUGGUUCACACUUUGGGGGAGACCGGGCCUUGUUUGAGAGGUGAAGUUGUUCUUGAUGACCGUACGCAGAUGACCAUUGGAAAGAGGCUAAAGGAUGCCAACAGACUCGGUUACCCGUAUGUUAUUGUAGUGGGACAGGGAGCUCUGGAGGAAACACCCAGAUUUGAAGUGAUUUGUCAGCAGACAGGUGAGACAAUGUUUCUCAGUAAAGAUGGGCUGUUAGAUCUAUUGGGAAGAGUGGAAACUGUAUGAAUAACAACAAUGAAUGUGGAAAUGCAUGUUUUUGUUUUCUGUGGGGAAUAACAGAAAAUAAAUGUUUUUCUUUUGCCUAAGAGGACUGGGACCAUAUUUAUACAAAAUGUACCUACUGACUGACAUUACUGAUUAAGUAACUGUCAAAACAACAGCUUCAUAAUGAGCCUUUUUUGGGGGCACGGGGGAUAAUUAUCUUUGGUUUAUCUUGUAAAACACAACAAUGGUUCAAUUUCAUUUUUGCAGUCUUUUAUGUCUCUUAAAUAAAAUCAUGAGAUGGUGUGUUUUGAGA